ACCGCCCCUCUCUGUGGGGACACCUCCCUUUCCGCCUCCGGCCGAGGCGGCUCGGAGGGAGCGGUUCCCCCGCGGGUGCGGUUCUCCCAUGGCCAAGCCGGGACACUCCUGGAGCCGCGCGCCGGCGGGGAAGGAGGAGAAGGAGGAGGAGGAAGAGGAGGGCGAGGACCCCCUGGAUGCCAGGAUCGCCCGGACAGGCUGCCUGGAGCAGCACCGGGAGCUGCAGGAGUGCAUGGAACAGCACCGGGAUUGGCGGCACUGCCAGACACAGCUCCGGGCAUUCGGAGCCUGCAUGGCCCGGCGGGAACAGCGGGAACGGGGACAGAGCCGGGCACACCCUGCACAGUGACACCCCCCGGGAAUGGGGGAGCUGUGCCUUUCACCACCCUUUUUUUUUUUGUGUGUGAUUUUUUUCUUUUUUUUUUUUUUAAAUCCAAGUGCCGGGAAAUCUAUUUGGGAAAUUAAAUCUGGGAACUGAAUCGUCUUCAUCUGUGCCAGCAGCAAAGUGGGAAGGUCAGAGGGGUUUGAAGGAUGCGGCCUCAAUCUGCACCAGGCUGCACAUCAGGAGGAAUUUUUUCAUGGAAAGGGUGGUCAGGUAUUGGAAGGGGCUGCCCAGGGAGGUGGUGGAAUCCCCAUCCCUGAAAGUUUUUAAGGAAAGACUGGACAUGGCACUCAGUGCUUUGGGCUGGGGACAAGGUGGGAAUUUAGGGCUUUUCCACCUCAAUGAUUCCAUGGCUGUGGAUUUCCAGCCCAAAAUGUCCCUGGCUCCACAACAGCCCUGCCAUGGAUUUCCACUCCCAUGUCCUUCCCAAGGCUUUUACCAGCACCAAUAACCUCGUGUCCCACCAAGUGGGAUUUUUGGGGAGGGGAUUUAUCUCCAGGGAAGCCCCAGAAUAAUUAGGAAUGGGGAAAAAAAGGAUGCUCCUCUGUCCACCACUUCCUGGCAAAUUAGGCAAGAGAAACAAAGCUUUUUGGAGGCUGGGAAGGGAAGGACAUCCCUGGCUUUUGCCAGAAGGAACUUCCCAGGCUGUUUCCCAGGAAGGUGGGUGCUGGAUUCCCAAAAAUUACAGCAGGAUCAGGAGCACAAGCAACACACGGACAGAGUGUUAAUGAAUGAGUUAUUUUCCCUGUGUUUAGUGGGAGGUCCUUAAAAAGGGGGGAAAAAAAACUUCUAAACAAACUAGUCUGGAAUAGUUUCUCUUGGAAUCCACCAAAUCUGCUUAGAACAGAAUUCCUGGGAUCGUUGCAGCUCAGCAUCAUUCACCUGCAGGGAUUUCUGCAGAAAUUCCCACCUGUCAAAAGCAGAACAGGCAGGAAUAAAACAAUAAGGAAGAACUGAAGGAAUGUAAAGCCACAUUCCAUUGUGUGGGAUUCCACUGCUCCCAGUACAAACCAGUCAGGAAUAAAUACAUUAU